AUGCAGAACAAAUCCAUCCCACGAUCCCAAAAUUCGUUACCAUUCUUUGGUAUAGUGAGGGAAUCUUUCAAAAUAAUAAGAAAAAAUAAGACCUUGUUGUUUCCGGUCCUUAUUCUGGUGUUUCUUAUAUAUUGUCAGUUAGAUUUUACACAGUACUAUGUGUUAGGACCAGUCGAAAAGAAUUUUGUGUUGGAGUUAGCAGCAUACCCGACCACUCUAUACAAUCUUGGUCGUAAUCUUGAUAUUGUUACUUAUCAUGGCGCGUUCGAUGAACUUCUGGAGAUUCUACUUGUUAAACACUUGCAUCUGCUCUCCUCUUUAAUCCCCACACUAUUUUUCUUGGUUGCAAUUGUUCUUUCCACUUAUGAGGCUUACACUUACAAACUAUUAGGCCCCAAGGAAAUAUUGUUGAAAAUAGGAAAAUGUUGGAAUAGGGUAUCUUUAACUAGCUUUUGCAUGCUCUUAAUUACUUUUGGCAUAAUGUUUAUUUACUUAAUUUAUUACGCCCUAAUCUCCUACUUGGAUGUAAAUUCAUGGUCUACAGUCAUUUUCUUUGGAAUGAUUACUAUUACCGUCCCAUUCUGGUACUUUUACUUGGCUGCACUUUGGAUGGUGAGUUUAAUAGUUUCGGUUUUAGAGGAAGGUCCAGGCGGUUAUAAAGCAAUUGGAAGAGCAGUGGAGCUAAUGAGCGGAAAAAGGCUACAAGCGUCGCUAAUGAUGGUUCCUUUCGUUGUUGCUAGUGCGGUUGUUUAUCAUUUGGUUCAUGUCAUCGUUACAAGCCCCACAUUGUUCCAAUUUGAUCGGAUGUCCUCAAAUGGGCAUGUCACAAGAUAUUAUCUAAACAAGAACGCACGACUGACAAUUGAGAUUUCAUUGUUAAACGCAUCAGAUUGCUUGUUGAAACUUUAUAUGUUUGUGGUGUAUACAGUUUUCUUCCAUGAACAAAAAACAAACCUUGACGAGAAGGAAGUGAAAGACCAGUAUCUUCCUGUUGUUGCUAGUGAAGCUUAG